CACGAAUCCUGGGAUGAGGUAGCUUCCAUCAUCACAUUGCACUUAGACUGGCCCUCCAAAGUAUCACAGUGCCUAUAACAAGACCGACCUCUUAUGAAAGAACUGAUCAAGAAACUGUGGGGCUUCGUAACAUGCACCGGGAGUACGGACGACGUCGACGUUGCAAUCUCUCCUGCCCCCAAAAAGACUGAGAUACCGAAAGAGGACCCACAACAUGAUGUCGUCGAUCGAGGGCAGGCUACUUCAAGCCCUCCAGAUGGUGCCAGUGCUUCCCCUAGGGAGCCUCUCUUUGCUGCUGUUCUGCGAGAGGUCGCCGCAGACCGAGAACGAGUUGCUUCAAGCACUCUCGAUGGUGCCAGUGCCUUGAGGAACUUUGGUUAUCUUUCCCGAGAAGUCACCGCAGAUCAGGUGCACCUUGCAUUGGAACACGAUAUAAACCCGUUCACAAAUCAGCCCCAUACGGCGCAAUACAAAAAGAUUCUUGACGGCCGCAAAACACUCCCCGUGUUUGCACAUAUGACCGAGUUCUAUAAGAUAUUCAACAAACACCAAAUCAUCAUCGUGGCCGGCGAGACCGGUGCAGGCAAGACCACACAAAUACCCCAGUUCGUCGUUUACUCGGAUCUUCCGCACACGAAGAACAAGAUUGUGGCAUGCACUCAGACCCGCAGAAUCGCUACCACGGCUGUUGCGGAACGCGUGGCAGAGGAGAUGGAUGUCCAACUCGGCCAACAAGUCGGUUACUCGAUACGUUUCGAAGAUAUGACCGAGCCCGGGACCACUUUCCUUAAAUACAUGACCGACGGAAUACUCCUUCGUGAAGCAAUGAACGACCCUGAUCUCACCCGCUACUCUACCAUCAUCCUCGAUGAAGCCCACGAACGCACGCUCGCUACCGACAUCCUCAUGGGCAUCCUCAAAACCCUCGCCCAACGACGCCCAGACCUCAAGCUCAUCAUCAUGUCCGCCACUCUGGACGCUCUCAAGUUCCAAAAGUACUUCGCUGUUUCUGGCAGCACCCUCGCCCCGUUAUUUAAGGUCCCUGGUCGUACAUACCCUAUCGAGGUGUUCUAUACUCAGGAGCCGGAGCCGGAUUAUGUCAAGGCUGCCAUCCGCACUGUGCUCACGAUUCAUCGCACCGAGGAACCAGGAGAUAUCUUGCUGUUCCUGACGGGUGAGGAGGAGAUAGAAGAUGCGUGUCGCAAGAUCAAGCUCGAGGUAGACGACCUCAUCGAGUCCUACCCUGAGACCGUAGGUCCUCUGGAGUGCAUUCCGUUGUACUCCUGGUUACCGCCUCAGCAGCAGCAACGUAUAUUCAACCCACCCCCCAAAGCAGGCGGUCCGGAUGGCCCACCAGGACGCAAGGUCGUGGUGAGCACGAAUAUCGCGGAGUCGUCGCUGACAAUCGAUGGGAUUGUGUACGUCGUGGACCCGGGGCUUUCCAAGCAGAAUGUGUACAAUCCGCGCAUCCGUAUGGAGAGCUUACUCGUGAGCCCGAUCUCCAAAGCAUCGGCACAGCAGCGUGCAGGCCGGGCCGGGCGAACGAGGCCGGGCAAAUGUUUUAGGUUGUACACAAAAAAUGACUUCAUGUUGGAGCUCGACGAGCAGACGCACCCUGAAAUUCUGAAGAGUAAUUUAGCCAACACGGUGUUGAUACUUGUCAAGGCAGGGAUUAAGGAUCUUGUCAGGUUUGAUUGGGUGGAUGCGCCAGCACCAGAGUCAUUGAUGAGGGCGCUGGAGUUAUUGAAUUACCUCGCAGCAUUGGAUGAUGAUGGGAACCUCACGGCGCUUGGGAGUAUCAUGGCUGAAUUCCCUCUCGAUCCCCAGCUCUCAAAAAUGUUGAUCGUUAGCCCAGAGUUUAAGUGUAGCAACGAGAUAUUGACAAUCACUGCAAUGCUGUCAGUGCCAAAUGUAUGGCUACGGCCAAGUAACAAGCGAGAAGAGGCGGAUGCUGCAAAGGCACUGCUUACUGUCCCCGGUGGUGACCACCUAAUGCUUCUGAACGUAUACAACAAGUACAUUCAAAACCAACACGACAAAAACUGGACAUGGAUUCACUACCUCUCCGCUCCAGCGCUGCUGCAAGCAGUCAACGUGCGUGAGCAGCUGGAACAAACGAUGGGGCGGUUUGAGUUGGCCCUUGUAAGCGUGCAAGAUCAGAGAGAGAUGUCUCUGGCAAUCAAACAGGUGUUGUGCUGCAGCUUUUUCAUGCAAGUUGCACACAAGGUGGGAGGGAAGAGGGAUUAUAUGACCGUGAAGGACAAUCAGGCGCAUUAUUUUGAUUUUGGUGGGGUCGUGACGAUGCAUCCAUCGUGCGCACUGGAUACGCAGCCGGAGUGGGUGAUUUUUCACGAGUCCGUGCUCACGACAAGACCGUAUAUACGGACUGUCACGGGUGUCCGACCAGAGUGGCUCCUCAACUACGCCCCCUUGUACUUCGAUUUGAACCAUUGGCCAGAUGGAGAAACGAAGCGUGCAUUGAUCAGGGUUAUAAAGCAUGCGUCGAUGAGGUCUAAGAACCAGGGGACACAUCAGGAAAAAUACCCUUGA